AUGGGGUUGUGCAAGGAAGACAUUAAGAAUUUGAAAGAUAUUUGCCUACCUCACAUGAUGUACAAGUACUAGUAGUACCUAAACAUGUCUUACAAGCAGUAUCACAAACUGAGCAAAUAGUUCCAAUAAUCAAAUAAUGAUCUACACAAGUUUAACAUACAGUAUUAGAUGUGCAAGUAGCACAGUAAGUAGGACAAGCUUAACAACUUGAGCCAGAUUUAUAAAACUUUGGAAAGCAUGUUGAGCAAGAAAAUUGACUACAAACUUGGCAAUUACUUGAACAAGCAGAACAUUUGUAUAACACAUUUCGAUAAAAUCCUGGGAUACAAGAGUCACAUGUUAAAGGAACUGUACAACUUACACAAUUAGAGGAACAAUCCAGACAUUAGCCAUCGAUUUAAACUUUUCCUUGAUCACAACUCCAAGUUACUAAAUUAGUAUAAGAUAUACUUACAUAUACAAUUCAUUAAAAUAAGAUAGACUCUAAACAUGUAGUCGGACAUUAUAAACAAUAAUAUUAUAUAUAUAAAAAUUGAUGAUGUAAUAAGAUUUUAUAUACAUUUUUGA